AUGACCUUGAUUGACCUUCAUCAACUGCCUUUCGCAAACAAUCAAAUAUUGGAGGCGUGGUUACCUUCACCAACCUCUACAACCAAUAUGGCGGCCAGCGUAUACUGUAGUGGAAAACUUUUACGAACCUUUGCCAGAAACUCUCAGAGUAGAGGCGUGAAUGCUUGUAGGUUUCUAUCAUUAAGCGGGUUUUUAUUGUUUUGUUUUUUCAAUCAUUUCACCAUCUUAGGAAGAAGAAACUGUUUCAGAUUGAUACGUACGUUUCAUUUGGAUUUUCCGUGACUACGAUCAAAGUCCAACGAAAGUUUCAAUUCACGCGAUAGAGACCGUUAAGAGCACAUAUUUUUCUAUUUCCUCUGAUUAUCUUUGUAUUUUGCGUAGGCAAUUUUCGCAUAGUUUCAUAUCUUUGGUUUUUGAAGACGAUCUUAAAUCUCACGCAUUCCAGACUUCUUGAGAAUUUUUUCUUCUCACUAAGUCCAAAGUCAGAUAAUUUCACGGCAUAAUUAUCUAUGCGCACAUUUUAAAGAUCUCUAUAAUUUCUUAAAUAGUUGUUAAAUAGAAGAUUCUUAAAACAGCAGGAAAGUUUGAGAACGUUUUAUUGAAGCUUUCAUUCGUUACGAAAUUUGUCUUCUCAAAAUAUCAUCAUUACUAUCUCUUUUUUGUAGUAUUCCUAAGAUGUGCCAGUUCAUCACAAAAGCAAAAAUCCACUUCCAAAGGUAAUUUUCCUCUUGUAUUUUCCAAUCCCUUCACCCCACGCAUUUGUGCAAAUGAGGACCUAUGUGGGACAAAAGAAGGAUAUAAAAGUACAAUGCAAUUAGAGUAUUUGUACAAAAUUGUUAAAGAGAUCACCUUCGAAUGAUUUUAAAAUUUCAAUCCUUUAAGACAUUGUUAAUAUUUCUGAUACACUAGUCUAUUUUCAAUGUCCCUUUGUAUACAGGUGCACCCUCCAAAGCAGCUGGGAGAAACAUUGUUUUAGUGGAGGGAGUGCGAACUCCAUUUCUUAUGGCUGGAACCAGGCAAGUGGUAAACCCUUUACACCCUAACAUCAGAAUCCAUAUUCUCCAUACUCUUCUCUAUACAUUCCCCUCUGUAUUGACCAGGAGAAUUUGGUUAACAAUCAAAGAUUCUUAGGUUGGCUAUCAUUUCCUUUAUUCUUAUGAUCUUAAUGAAUGACUUGGCAAUAUUACAGUAUAGAGAAAUGAGAUGCUGGUCUCUCUUAGGGUUGAAAGGGUUAAAUGGUUAUAAUCAGUCAGAGAAUCCUUUUAACUUCUUAACCCUUUAAAUCCCAUGAGUGACCACAACAUAAUUUCUCCUUACAAUAUCCAUACAAUAUCAAGCAGACAAGUGAUGAGAAUAAAGAAAAUGUUAAUUAGGGGAUUAUUGGUUGAUCCAAUACCAAAUUCUCCAAACUAACAUCACAAGAACUAUAUAGCACACAGUAAAGAGAAUUACUAAUGAGAUCUUGGGAGUGAAAAGGUUCAGCAAUCAAUAACAUGAGGUUUUUACAAGGAUAUGGGAGUGACUUUGAUUUUAUGAAAUAUGGAAUGAUUGUUUUGACGUGUUUUGGGGUUAAUUUUUAGCUAUGCUGAUCUUCUGUCACAUGAUAUUCAAAGAGGAGCAUUAGAGUGAGUAUGUUUUGCCUUUAGAUUCUGAAUAUCUAUUGAAUGUGUGUGAGAUAUUAUUUCUUUUUUUUCCAGAAGUAUGAAAAGUGUUUUGGAUAUAAUUUUUAACAACUAAUAACACUAUUUUGGUACUGUCUUAAACCAAAAUGUACAGAUAGUAAAGAAUUAUGUCCUUUAAAGUCUUGCACAUUAGGACAUGUAAAAACUUGACCUGAGCCAAGAACCUCAAGAGGGUGAAAUUCAUUUCUUAUAUUCCUUUUUACAGGGGUCUUGUUACAAGGACUGGUAUAAGUAAAGGUUAGUAAAAGAAGAUUUUUGACAAGCUGUGGGACUCAGGUCAUGUAAGUUAAGCUUUUCUCAUUUCAAAUUGCAAUCGGAGAUUGAAGAUUAUUACUUCUACACUCUAAAUGUGAUGGUCUACUUUCAGUGGUGAUGCCAGCCUUUUUUCAGUUUCCCUGAGUUUGCACUGGUACCUAUUUAGUCAACCUAUGAUUUACAAUAAAAAGUUAACUCUGAAGUUUAUAGCCAAACUUGUGAUUAUAUGCUACAUUGUCAUUGAGGAAAUCUUGUAGUCACUGUGGAAACAAACAAAAUUGAUUCUUUUUACCUUUUAAAACUUUCACAGAUGUUGUUGAUCACAUUGUCAUUGGUACAGUUAUUCAAGAGGUCAAAACCAGCAAUAUUUCACGAGAGGUAUGGCAUUGAUAAAUAAAUUGUUCUUUAUAGUCCUUUUAAAGGCUGUCUUUCAAUUCCCAGUCCAUGUAGACCUUCUCCUUACUCAUCUAAGGAAUUUGGAGUGGGUAUUUCCCUAUGAUCAAUUAAAAAUGGGUGAUAGUAAAAAUGCAACUAAUUCUAGGAUUCAGUGCAGUGUACAGAUUGCUUUUCACUUCUGGAACUGCAGCUGUAGUAUAUUGCUUACAUUAUAGCUCUUAAAAGAGUAUUUUUUUUGCUCAAUAGUAGAUCACUAGAGAGCAAAACAUCUAAAGAUUCAAGGUUUGAUUCUUUGUAGGAUAGAGUCAUAUUCUCUCUUAGUGCUAUACUCAUGACAAACAAUUUUAGCAUAAUUCUUUAAAGUCAGCAGGCUUGAAAAUGGCUAGCUUUCUUAACCAAAUCUAAUUCUUUGGUGUUGCUUUUUUCAUGAAGGCUGCUCUGGGUGCUGGCUUCUCAGACAAGACUCCAUGUCACACUGUGACCAUGGCUUGUAUCUCAUCAAAUCAGGCAAUUACUUCAGGUACAGUACAAUGAAGUGUCAGAAAUUAAUACCAAUUUUUGAAGCUACCACAGACCUUUGAGUCAGAAACUGGUUGUAAGCUGUAAUCAUUAUUGUCUUCCUAUAGAAACCUAAGACAUGAUUGUGUAAUGUUAAUAGAUAAAUUUUUAUCAUAUCAUACUACACAGUUAAGCAAAUGAGGAAAAAAUAUGCUCACCGGACACUUUUCAAGUUCAUGCUCACAUGGAAUAUUACAAUUUUCUUUAAACUAUUUGGUGUUAGAUGAGUCUGGCAAGUGUUUUUUCUGGUUGACCUAAUUAGUUUUAAGGUGGAAUCUACUUCAAUCUGUUUUAAAUUCAAUUCAACAUCAGAAAAUAUGGGUAUUUGUUUUAGAGUAGUAUAAUUUAUUCCAGGGAAAAUGGUGAGUUUUAUCUUUAGUUUCACAGUGAAGUAGUUAAUGCUGGCAAUUGAUCUUCACAACUUUUUAAGGGCUGUGUUUCUCAUAGAGCGAUUUCUUUUUUCCUUUUCUCCUUUUUUUAUCCUAAAAGCUGUUGGACUAAUUGCAAGUGGUCAGUGUGACACUGUGAUUGCUGGAGGAGUUGAAUUCAUGUCAGAUGUUCCCAUCAGACUCAGCAGACCACUUAGAAAAACUCUGCUGUCUUUAAAUAAGGUAAGAUGAUUUCCAAACAGUCUGAAAUAAUUGUAAAGACUCAAUGGAAGCAUGUGCUAAGUUGUUUUGGUAACAAACACUAGGAUGGCUUUUUGAUCAGCAGUAGUUUGCAGAACCUUCAGAGUGUACACUGGUGAUAGGUGUGUCAUUCAUGGUUGGUCAUAUUGCAUGUAAAUUAAACCACUGAAUUUGCUCACCAAUACUUUGAGGUAAUCUUCCCUGAAAUGCUUUGCUUAUGUUUUUCAGGCCAAAUCUCUUGGUGCAAGACUUGGGCUUCUUUCAAAAAUCAGACCAAAAUUUCUCUCUCCUGAGGUGAUUCAAUUGUUUAAAAUAAUUACAUGAUAUUUCUGGUCCAGAACUAGGAAGAUGUCAAGGAAGCUUGUUGAAAACACUCAGCUGAGCUGUUAUUUCAUUUCUAUUGUUCUCAUUAGCUGCCAGCUGUGGCUGAAUUUUCUACUGGUGAAACCAUGGGACAUAGUGGUGACAGGUAUAACCUUUUAGAAACUACAUUUAAUUUAUUAUUUUGAGUAGCCAAGGUCUGCUUUGUGAUUCUCCCUUCUGUUUGCUUUACAUUUCUUUGAAAAUGAGUUAACCCUUUCACUCUCAAGAUCUCAUUAGCAAUUCUCCUUACUGUCUGCCACACAAUUCUUAUUAAUAUCUAAGUGUAGAGAAUUUGGUGUUGAGUCAACUAAUUAUUUCCAAUUUAUAUUUUUCUUUAUUCUCAUCACUUGUCUACUUGAUAUUUUAUUGAUAUUGCAAAGAGAAUUUCUGUCUUGGUCACUCGUAAGAGUUAAAGGGUUAAGAGAAUGUGGUACACACACCAUGUAGACUGAUAAAUUGCUACAUUUUCAUCACCUGUUUGUUCCAUAAUGUACUCAAUGUUCUAUGGUUAACUUACAUAGUCUAACCUUUAGGAGCAAAAUUCUGGCUGGGUUGUUGUUCUUUUCUAUUCGAAACCAUUAACAUACAUUAGCUUAUAUAUUGAAAUCAGCUAUUAUACUGUAACUUUUAGGGUUACUUAUCCAAAAAAUGUUUAACACCUUCAUUCUUCAUUAUUUGAUUAAUAUUGCAUGAUGUUAAACCCAGAUUUUUUGUAUUUAUAUAAUGUGAUCAGCUGUAAUGGGCAUGUUCUUGACUGACAUGUCUUGAUCAUUUUAUUAUUAUAAUUUUUUUUAAGAUUGGCAGCUGCAUUUGGCAUCAGUAGGCAAGAACAGGUAAUUACUAAUUUUAAUGUUUUAUUAAAGUGUUUAUUGAUUUUCCUAUUGAUUGCUUGAUUUAUUUGUCUGAUAAUCAUUUUUUUGUAUGUAUUUAUUAGCCAGUACAGUUAGACUGCUUAACUAGAUUAUGUAUUUGUUUCAUUUUUUCUUGGUUAAUGGCCCACCAACUUUUUACAUGAACCACAAAAAAAUGAAUACAAAACACUCAAGAAAGAAAUAUUUUUUAUAUUGCAGGAUGAGUAUGCCUUACGAUCUCACACACUAGCACAUCAAGCAGCAAGUGUAAGGAAAUUUACAGCAUUUACACUCUUUUGAUAAUUGAUAAUCACUAAUUAUUGACUGUGAUUUUGUAACAAAUAUAUCCAACCAUUUUCUUCCUGGCUGUACUUGUGUUGUCCCAAAUCACAAUGUGUCAAUACUGGGGUGUUAUGUAUUUUUGUCUCUCUUUUUUCCAGGCUGGAAAGUUGGAAGAUGUUGUACCUUACAAAGUACCAGGUAUGUCAAAAACUUAAAUGUGUCAUAAUUGGAUGAAACAUAUUGUGUACAUGCUGAGGAAAAAGGCAUCCUGUUCAUCCAUGUUUCUGAUCUGCAGAAAAUGCAGUAUAGUCAAGAAAGUUAGGGGCAAUAUACAAACACUGGUGGAGGUUAGCAUAUUUGGCUUCGUUUUCUUUCAGAUGAAAAUGGACACUUACCAAAACAUAUUAGUGUGGUUGGGGCCUAAGCCUGCUAAUGAAAGGGAAUCACUGAACAUGCAAAGGCAGGCUGGCAUUUUUCAAAGAUUAAUUUGUUACUCUCUUAGGUCGCACUGAAACUGUGACAGCUGAUAAUGGGAUCCGGGUCUCAACCAUGCAGCAGAUGGCAAAAUUAAAACCAGCAUUUGUUAAACCACAUGGCUCUGUCACUGCAGCUAAUGCUUCCUUUCUGGUGAGUCCUUUAGCUUGUUUUUAUGGGUUACCUUCCCUUUGCAGUGAAAGAUGGGAGAUAUACCUUAGCUUCAACACUUAGUAUCUUGAUUGAUUUGACUUCAAAUUAAACAAGGUGAUCAUUUGAAAAUGUUGAUGUGGGAAAAAUCUUAUUCAGUGAAACUGGCUUUUGCAACACGUCUCAGCUUUAGGGACUGCCUGCUUACCCAAAGCAUGAUAUAUUCAUUUCGUUGCUGGUCUUUUCCCCUGUGAUCGAGUGUUGCUACCCUGGAAAGAGAACAGAAUAGGAUAGCAAGAAUGAGAAGGGGUUGGGGCUAAAUGGGAAAAACUCUCCUCAAGCUUGCCAUACACCAUCUCAUCAUAAUCUCUACUCACUGCCUCUUAAUGUCUUUGGCUUCAAUUGUUAAAAGGAUUGUUAAAAUAUACCUGCAAGGAAAUCCAGAACAGAACAGUUUUUGUGACACAGUACUUAGAAAGGUUCUUAGAAAUGCAACACCUUAGUUAUCAACUGAAAAGAGCACUCCUGAAGACCCCAAGAUUUCAAUAGGGGAAAGUAAUGGUGUACCUCUCAUGGAUGAGAUUCUCUUACAUGCUACAUUUUAUUUGUUUUUACAGACGGAUGGAGCCUCUGCUUGCUUGAUAAUGAGUGAAGAUAAGGCUCUGGAGAUGGGAUUCAAACCCAAAGCAUACCUGAGGUAUUAUGAGAUCAAACUUAAAAAAUGCUGCUAUUCCAUUCAAUUCCUGUCAUUUACAGCUUAUGUCCUCUUCUUCCUCUGUUUUCCAUAGGGAUUUUGUAUAUGUCUCACAGGAUCCCAAAGAUCAGCUUUUAUUGGGGUAAUUUUAAUAUUUCUAAUUACACUGAGUUAGAAUUCAGAAUUCUCUCUUUUUGGAAUCCUAUAUGGGCAUAUGGAAGUUUCACCAUUUUGUAAUAAUUUUCAGACCAGCUUACUCCACACCCAAAGUUCUGGAGAAAGCUGGACUCAAGUUGCAGGACAUUGAUGUUUUUGAAUACCAUGAAGCAUUUGCAGUGAGUUUGCAUUUUAACUUUUACAAAGGCCCUAAUUCUGCUUCAUUUACAUUUUAAGAAUUACUUCAUGCAACCUGUUGGUUUUGCUUUUGAAGGGUCAAAUUCUGGCCAACUUGAAAGCUAUGGAUUCAGACUGGUUUGCACAGAACUACAUGGGAAGAAGCUCAAAAGUAAGAAAAUCAAAACAAAAGUAAUAAUGGCACAUCUUUGUAAAUGAAAGUUGUAAGGAACCUGAGAAAGGUGUUAGGAUGGCGAUUGUUUUUAGAUCAAAACAAUCAGAUCCACUGAUUCAACUCCCGUGUGCUGCUAAAAAGUGUUGGGUCACCCGAAGGGUUUCUUAAUAUUUGCCCAUAAAGCACCCUCACAAAUUGUGUUUUGGUAAAUUACCAGUUUCGGACAAAACCAAGCUAAAAGUACCACAGGAAAGUUGAAAGGAUCUUGUGAGACACAAAAGUGUUUGAAAACCGAAGAUUUCACAAUUACCAUAAUAUUUUGUGAAGGAACACUUUCAGUAGCUGUUGGAGAGUGGUUGCAUCACCCAGGACCAUUCUUGGUUGCUUUUUAAGUGUUGUGGUAAACUGCACAGUGGAAAAUGAAUGCUUUCCAAUAAGUCUCAGGUAACCAGUUCAUUGGUACUCCAACAGCUUUGUCUUUUAAUGUUAUCUACAGGUUGGGGUGCCUCCGAUGGAAAAAUUAAACACUUGGGGCGGCUCCCUUUCUAUUGGUCAUCCAUUUGGUGCCACUGGAGUUCGAUUGGUCACCACAACUGCCAACAGACUUCUUAAGGAAGGUGGUCAAUAUGGGCUGGUUGCUGCAUGUGCUGCUGGAGGUUUGGUAAGUAAGCUUGGAAUACACAAGGGUUCAAAAACAAGGUUUGUUGUGAAGCAACUCACCACAAGACUUGUAAAGCAAAUCAGAUAGAAUGACAACUUUUUACAUCCGUUUGAUUGUGACUUUGAUUAUGGAGGAGGCCCAUAAUGGGCCUUAAAUGAACAACAGAUUACAAUAGUCACUUAAUAAAACAUAGUUACUUGUUUGGAAAUUUCCAGUGAUGGUUGAAUUUCACCAAGCAAGUGUCUUAACUCUUUACAGGAGAAGCCAUGCAAUUUUGUUGUCCAGCAUCACAAACCUUUCCCCUUCUACCUUAUAUGGGUGAGAUUUCCUUAGGUUCAGAUCUAGAUUGACAGUCCAUAUGUGUGACAAUCUUUCUUUCUUUCAGGGUCACGCAAUGGUUGUGGAACGAUAUCCAUCUUGAACUAAAUUAACCAGAAGACGCAAUAUUCUGAUUGUGCCUGAAAAUUACAGAUCACUGGUAAACUAUCUCUAAAGCUGCACCACAUGAUAGGCAUGCAAAUUUUGAAGGAUGGUAAUUUUCUACAGUGUUUGAGGCAAUAGGAGCUAGUCAACAUGUGAUACUCGUCUCAUUCAAGUCUCUUGUUAUUGGUUUAUCUUUUUGACUUGAAG